CAGCAGUGACAGCAGAGAGGGCAGAGCUGUGACAGUAAAGUCAAACAUAUCCUAGUGGCAGUGGUUUUUAUUCAGAAAAUGAGAGGAAAUAAGUGUAGUUGUGCUUUCACAACAGGCAAAAUUCUAAAAAACUGAUCAGCUUUAUGAUUAAAAUCAUUCUGAUAUCCGAUAAUCAAUCAUGGAAAUCACAAGUUAAUAAGGAACUGUGACGACAGCGUUAUAAAGAAGGAAGAAGAAGAAGAAGUGAUGGAGGAACUGCUACAAAAUUAGACCAAAAUUAAUCAAAAACACGAGGAUGAUUUUAAAAGAGGGGACCAAGAAGAUGAUUUUAAUGCUCUGUGGGAUUUAAAGAACAUUUUCUCUUCUACCAUGCAUAAGAGAUGGAUACGCCGGAGUCUGCCCCUCUUAAUUUUCACCGUCUUCAUUAUCCUCUACGUGGAUUUUCAGCUGCGCACCAGCAGCCUUCCCAGAGUCGCUCAUCAUCCCUCAACCCGUGCGCCACUGCGCUCCAUCCAGCAGGCUCCGUCCAGUGCCAAGGACGCGCACAAUCCGGCUGGCAACAGCAGCAGUAGCGGUGGCGAAACACGUUUUACCGACCUGAAGGGAGGAAACUCCGAGAGCGCACAUGUAACCGAGCCGAAACUGGAGCUGGAGGACAUCUACAUCGCUGUGAAAACCACCGGGAGGUUCCACAAGACGCGUCUUGCGCUUCUUUUGGAGACUUGGAUCUCUAGAACCAAGGCGCAUACGUUCAUUUUCACAGACACAGAGGAUGAGGACUUAAGCUCAGAAGGUUACAACAUGAUGGUAACAGACUGUCAGUCGGAUCACAGUCAGCAGGCUCUCUCCUGCAAGAUGUCUGCCGAGUAUGACGGUUUCAUGGCCUCCAACAAGAGGUGGUUUUGCCACAUGGACGAUGAUAACUACGUGAACCCGGACGCCCUCCUCUCCCUGCUCUCGGCCUUCUCCCACGAAGCCGACAUCUAUGUGGGCAAACCGAGCCUGGACAAGCCCAUCACUGCACAUGAGCUGCUGGAGGGCAACACAACGAGGGAGGUGCGCUUCUGGUUCGCUACAGGAGGAGCAGGUUUCUGUCUGAGUCAACGGCUGGCAGAAAAGAUGGCUCCAUGGGCCAGCGGCUCCCGGUUCGAGCAGACAUCAGCGACGAUCCGUCUCCCUGACGACUGUACUGUGGGCUUCAUCGUGGAGAAGAGGCUGGGUAUCUCCAUGGUCCACUGUCCUUUAUUCCACUCCCACCUGGAGAACCUGCUGCUCAUCAGCCACAGAAGCAUUCCACAGCAGGUGACACUGAGUUAUGGGAUAUUUGAGAACAAGAUGAACAGUAUUGAGGUGAAAGGAAGCUUCUCUAAGGAAGACGACCCCUCCAGGUUUAAGACUGUCCACUGCAUGCUGUAUCCUUUCACCAGCUGGUGUCCUUGAGCACCUCAGAGAAGACAACAACAACCCAACACACGAGACAAGGCUGGUAUCCUGCUGGAUGGAGUGCUUUUAAUGGGUAUUCUGAAAAAACAGAAGACAAAAAAAAGGUUCAAUUUGAUGGAGCAGUUUGAGGUGCAGGAGAACAGUAAAUGGGUCUGAAGAGGACUCAACAGGAAAACAGGAACGCAUUAUGUUCCAAGACAUCUUGCUGUAGUCCUGUUGAGACGGUGAUCGCAUGGACACUUUAUCUACUCAGAAGAGAGAAUAUAUAAGGAAUCUUGAAGUGAACAAAGUCCUUGCUCUUUACCUCUGUGUUAAAGUCUGACUGCUACAUGAAGAAAACUGGUCUUUUGUGUCUGUACUACUGAAUGAUUUUGUUUGGAGUAUUUGGUCUGUGAUAAUAAAAAGCACUGAAGAAAAGGCCAGACUUCAGAUGUUUUCAGUACUUUAUACUGAAAAUUUGUUAUAUUUUCAACAAAUGUCUCAAUGAAAAUGAAAUAAUACAAAUUUUAAAAAGUUGCACAUACAUUUCUAUGGACAUUGAUGUGAUUAAAGCUCAAUUAUAUAUAUAUAUUCUGGAUCAUUUAUUAUCAUUGGAAGUAAAUGAUUAAAACUGCAAAGAGACUGUACCUGCAGCACCUUAUUUAUCUGAGAUGGUGCUGAUGCUCUGUGUGUUUGCUGUUAUGAAGGAGAUAAUGUCCUUGUCCCUCUGAAUUUUGCACACAAUGAACCGUCUUGACCCACAUCUCCCUCCUUAUCCAAACCUCCUGUCCUCCCUCCAUCCUUUUCUCACUUCCUCCCCUCUUCCCUCCACCCCUCCAUCUGUCUUCUUCCCUGCCUCCUCCUUCCUCAUCUCUUUCUUUGUGCUCCUCAAAGGCCGUGGCUAAAAGAAAAAAGGAACUUCCGCUAAUUCCCUUCGCCUCAGUUGCAUUUAUUUAUUUACUUAUUUUUGCUUCAAAUAUAUAAAACAACAACACACCACUGAGAGAAUGAAGAAGAUGACAGCUGACGUGCCUGAAACCUGCUCUCCAGGCGGGAAAAAACAGCCAACACUUGCAGACAAAUCUCAUCAAGAUGGACAGAUCAGGCUCAGAAUACAAAUGUCGCAAUGAUAUGCACACAAUCAAAUAUUAGUGUUGCAAUGAAAGGCACAGGCCACGAGCCCAGUACCUGCAGAGAGAUGACACCAUGCUGCCGGCGGCCUGGAGGUUGCUUGUUUUCUGUACAUGGAGAUGUGAUGAAUACAGAUAUGCUGCUUGAAAGUGUCUGGGACUGACCUUCCGUGAAGUGGAUGGAAAAUGUUUGGGAAAAGUGCAGGAAUGAGUGUGCGACUUCAACACAUCUCCACAAAAAUAACUGAGUCCAAUCUGCUUGGAGUAAAUAACAUGAGCCUUUCAAUGAAAGUUCACUAUGAGUAUAAAUUCAAUUUACUGCAGUGGUUGCAGAAUGAGGGACAUAUUUAUACUUUUCAAAGUGUUGCUGCUUUAAAAAAAUGAAAAAUAAAAUGAUAAACAGUU